AUGUCCGGGAUGCGAAAGCUCAACUUUGCGGGCGGCGAGCCCUUUCUGUACCAGAAAUUUCUGGGCGAAAUGGUCAAAUUCUGCAAAGAGGAGCUCAAGCUUGAGUCUGUAUCGAUUGUCACGAACGGCAGCCUCGUCACGGAGCGUUUUCUCGCAAAGUUUGGACGACACAUCGACAUCCUAGCUGUCUCUUGCGAUUCGUUCAAGGAAUCAACGAACAUUGAGAUCGGCCGCGGCUCUGGGAAUCAAGUAGACCAGCUUUACCGAAUCCGAAACUGGUGUUCCCGGUACAACGUCAAGUUCAAGAUCAACACGGUGGUGUGCAAGCUCAACUACACCGAAGACAUGAACCGUCACAUCGAGAAACUGAGCCCGUUCCGGUGGAAAUGCUUCCAGGUUCUCUUGGUGUCGGGAGAGAACGAAUCAGCCGAAAGACUUCGCGACGUACGACGCUUCUUGAUCACUGAUGAGGAAUAUCGGGUGUUUUGCGAGAGGCACAAAUGUCAAAAAUGCUUUGUACCGGAAUCAAACCAAGUCAUGGCUAAAUCGUAUCUCAUUCUGGACGAGUAUCUCAGAUUUUUGGACCGCGACGGCCGACAACCUUCUGCGUCUAUCUUGGAGGUGGGUGUUGAGAAAGCGCUCGCUAGCGUCUACUGGGAUGAGGAGAGUUUUCACGCACGAGGCGGGGUGUAUGACUGGAGUAGGGAGUUGCAGCCGGCCUCACAGUCUGUAACGGCGAUGGAUUGGUAG